AUGCAGGCGCUCUUUGACACCUCAGUCUGUAGAUCUAUUAUGCAGGCUAUGGUAUCUGCCAUGAGUGCUAUGUUGACUUCUCUGUCACAUACUAUUACCCAGGCCCUCUUACAGGCCCAACAGUCAGCGCAGCAGACUGUUAUGUCGACUGCAUCUACUCCGACACCAGUCUCUCAAAGCCGUAAAGCUCCGGCCAAGACAAAACAUUCAUCCAAAACUAAAUUGACUGACAGUUUACCUGCUGUCAUGGAUGGCGGGCAACCAACACCACGCAAAAGAGCUACUAGCCGGGCAAAAUCAGCUAGACAAUGGAAGUGGGCAAGAGCCCAGCUUGAUUCAUCUGAGUCAGAUCUCCGUAACAUUGAGGAGGAAAUUGACGAGUCCAUAAUGGACACCUCAUACAAUCUGUCUGAAUCAGACUCUGACGGUGCGAUUGGAGAGGCAUCCGUCUCCUCUCUCAGCACUUUCCCCGCUAUGAUGUCCAGGUAA